AUGAGGAUAGAAUUGAGGAACAGCUGCAACGUGCGGGACUACCGUGAUGUCCAUGAACUGAUCGAGAAAGCCGCUGAACAAGAAACAGGACUCGAGGAGGAGCGGCGACAGAAGCAGACCUCCCAGAAUCGGGGUGCCAAACAGCCCCGGGAUGCACUGCCCCGGGAUGCACUGCCCCAGGAUGCACUGCCCCGGGAUGCCCUGCCCCCGACCGAGCCUGCCCCGGCAAGGUCCCCAUGCGAAAAGUGUGGACGAUUCCAUAUGAGAGAGUGCAGGGCGGGAGCAUGCUACAACUAUGGUGAGCUCGGCCAUGUGGCGAGGGAGUGCCCGAAGGAGAGACAAGCCCAUCGCAGACUCUGUUACCGCUGUGGCCAGGAAGGACACAUGUCGGGGGAUUGUCCAUUACAUCAAGGAGGGAAUACGGGAGGGGCGCAACCCCAACAGCAGAGAGGACAAGCUGCAAGGCCACGAGCGUAUGCAGUUGAAGGUCGCGAAGGAGCCGAAACAAUCGCGGGUUCUGUCGCGGUCGGAGGAGUGACAGCAUUCACUCUCUUCGACACUGGGGCAACUCACAGUUUUGUAUGCCCCAGACUUACACGUGAGUGGAACUUUAAGGGGAACUUCAACACCAUGGUGACUGGAGUCGAGACUACAGGAACAGAGAAAAUGGCCACGAGGGGAAGGUAUGAAGAGGUGCCAGUGGUCCUCUCAGGAGUGAACCUACCCGGGGACUUACUAGAGUUAGAACUGGGGCGUUACGAAGUGAUAUUGGGAAUGGAUUGGCUCGUACAACACCGAGCUGUAGUCGAAUGUGCCAAGGCAUGCGUUAGAAUUCCGCUAGAUGGGAGGCAAAUCGUGUACAGAGGAAUGAGAACUAGGACCGGGAUAUCUGUGGUAUCAAUGGUUCAUGCCGAAGAAGCAAUCCGGAAAGGAGGAGAAGCCUUCCUAGCCACUAUAGAAAUGGUGGGGGAGACCGAAGCACCAGAACUGAGAAGUAUUCCUGUAGCGGCGGAGUAUUCAGAUGUGUUCGAACCACUACGCGGACCCCCACCUCACCAAAAUAAUGCCUUUACGAUUGAGCUAGAACCCGGAACCGCCCCGGUUUCCAGGGCUCCCUAA